UUUUCUUUUGGAGGCAAUUUUGACCUUUUUGUUCAAAGAAUCCUAUGAUUCUUCUAUAUGAACAAGCCAAAUUAGAAUACAUUUCCAGUACGCAUGGACUUUAACUUCGUAUGAUUAUUAAUUAUCCUUUGUAUGCUAAGUAUGCAUUUGGCUUUUGUUUAAUCACAUCAUGACAUUGCUAACAUAUAUUCAUUGUCUUUAUUCAUGUGUUGUUGACAGGACCCAACUCCUCCGGUUAAGCCCAAUAAUAUCUUUUUGGAUCACCAACCCUGUUCCCCAAAGCCCCUACCCCACCUGAUACUUCAUCCACUGGCCACAUUGGCUCUGCUGACCUGAACCCUAGGUAUCAUCCAAAGGAGGGCUCAAUAUCACAAAAAUGCAAUAUCUGUUUGUUUCCAAUAUGCAAUAUUUGAAAAUGCAAUACCUCCCAGUGCCAAGCAGGGUUAGUUUGGAGAAUCCCCUUGCUGCACUUCUAGUACAUGGCUAAUACAACUAGAAGGGGUGGAAAGGGGAUUCCCUAUACUUAAGCUUACUCAUGGUCUCCAUAUCUACUUCACUCUACUAUCUUUCUACAAAGUUUAUCUUCUUGUCUUAGACACCAACAUUAACACAUCUCACAAGUUUUUGGCUCAUCUCACAUGGCCCCUAGGGCAAAAGGGCGAGGGCUUCUACGAGGGGUAAUCCUCGGGGUAGCCUUCGCCCAUUUGUUGUCCAUGUUAAAACAAUAGCAUUUUGUAUCUGGAGUUCUGGAUUUUUGCUCUGCUGUUACGCCGUUGCUACAUACUGUGGGAUUUUGGAGCAACUGAGCUCACCUCCAUACACUUCAUCUACACCAUAGGAAUUAACAAUGAUGGAGCUUAUCAACUUCAGUGAUGAAGACUUACACAAGUUUACUAAAGGUUUCUCAGAGAAGAGGUUGCUUGGAAAACCAGGAGCCUUUGGGCAGGUUUACAAGGGCAGGAAUAAAGGGAAUAACUAUGCAAAUUGCCCUCGAAAAGUUGCUAUCAAAAUUUCUAAAAGGAAGGAUGAGUAUGUCCGGAUUAUGUGGAAGCAAGAGAUCAAUGCCCUAAGUUCAAUUUCACAUGCAAAUGUCAUAAAUCUUGUGGGUUUUGCUGACACAGAGGAGUACUAUGCUCUAGUUUAUGAAAGGGCUAAACAGGACCUCGAAGGAUUCAGAGCAUCCAAUAAAGGUGAGUUGGAUGCUAUCUUGCUUGGAGUGGCAUCUGGACUGGAAGCUAUUCAUUCUGCAGGCUUUGUCCAUUGGGACAUUCAGUUGAGGAAUAUUCUUUUGAUGAAGGAUAAUACAGUUAAAAUUGCUGAUUUUGGAUUGGCCACAAGGAAGGGAGAGAAGAUGAGUUUCUUCAAGGAUAGAAGAUUUGGCAUCUUUAAUGCAAAUGAUAAAGAGAGUGCCCAGGAAAAAAUUGGUGUCUUCUGUUUUGGAAAUCUCAUCAGAGAACUGGUUUUACUAGAAAGGAAAGAGUGGAGCCCCACGAAAUGUCCCAGGAUACUUUUGGCAGAUACAUGUAUUGUUAACAAUCCAGAUGAUCGUCCCUCAAUGGCUACUUUGGUUUCAAAAUUGAAGAAAAUUCAAGAGGAAGAAUCAGCAAAAGUUUGAGUGGUCACUUUUUUAAAGAGGAAGAUAUGUUCACACAUAACAAAAGGCUAACAAAAGGCGGUUAUGAAGGAAUUGAUCUUGUUUUGCGAGUCCCUGGAAGGUUCCGUGUUCAGCUAUGGUCAAUUGGUUACUCAAGCUCGAAAAGUGUGCGUGUAUAUAUAACAACAUAGAACUAGAAAACGUGGACACCAUUGAAGAGUAUGAUGUUGUCCUAUACGCUCAACAUACUACUAGAGUAUAAUGUGUCUAACAGAAUUGAACAUGCUCUCAAAUCACUGAAGUUCGAUCCACUUUCGGUAUCAGCUGUUGAUCCGAAUUUGUAUUCAAUACGAUUUAGACAAUUUGUAUUGGAGAAGCUUUUCCCUGAGCGAGACCGAACAGUAAAUAGCGGCGAUCCCACAUGUGUAGAUCUUGUAAAGAAUUAGCAUGUCCAUUCGAAUUGUUUGUACGCUCAACAUGUUUGUUGUGAAGAUCCAACGAAUUUCUCGGUACAACUGCG